AUGAACACAACAGGUUUUGCACAUAUGAACAUAACAACAAAGACUGGCACAAGCAUGACAACUAGUACGACAUCGACAACAUCUACGUCAACAGUAUCAACUUGUCAAUUGACGUUUGGACCAACCGAUAUAUAUACAACUAGUGGUUCCCAUGUAGAACAGUUCGUUGCUAGCGAUUUCAACGGCGACGGUUUAUCAGAUCUUGCUGUCGGUACUAAUGCUUUCAGCACAGCUACGGAUGUGUUUCUUGCAAAUGAAAAUGGAACUUUUGGACGACGAAUGACGUAUGCAGUGGUAGAUGCUAAUGCUCUGGAAUGGCUCACUGUCGCUGAUUUUAAUAACGAUGAUCAUCAAGAUAUCUUUGUUAUGAUAUAUGGUGAGAACAACAGUGUAUGUAUUUUAUUUGGAAAUAGCAGUGGAAUUUUCGGAGCAAUGAUAAUAUUGCCAGUAGUACUUUCUUAUGUAAACUCACCUUGCAGUAUUGCAGGUGAUUUAAACAGUGAUGGUCACAUAGAUAUCGUUUUCACGAAGAGUAGUACCCCAUGUUCAAUGGCUGUAUUACUCGGAUACGGAAACGGAACGUUUGCGGCCGAAAAAAUAAUCCCGAUUGGAAAUGAUGGGUGUGUGCUAGCCAUUGCUAUUGCAGAUUUCAACAACGAUGAUCAUCAAGACAUCGCUGUAACCAUAGAUAUUGACUUCUAUGUAGCGAUUCUACUUGGGUAUGGUAAUGAAAGCUUUAAAACACCGAUGACAUUCUCCACGGGCAUUUAUAGUUUUUCAUAUUCAAUGGAUGUAAAUGAUUUCAACGGUGACGGUUAUCUAGAUAUAAUUAUUGCAAACCAAGGUAAUUACAAUAUUGGUGUGUUUCUUGGAAUGGGUGAUGGAUCUUUUGGAACACAAAUAACAACUAUGAUCCAACACACUAAUUUAGUAAGCCAGUUUGCUAUCGGUGAUUUUAACGGUGAUGGCAAAAUGGACGUCGCUGGCGUCUGGGAUGUAUGGAGCUCUGUGCGUCUUCUUUCUUCGUCACCCACAUUUGUAACUGUAUUGGUUGGGUAUGGUAAUGGCAGUUUUGGACAACAAAUGAUAUUUCCAACCGGGCUUGCUUCUGCGGAUUAUGUUAUUACAAAUGAUUUUAACGGCGACCACCGACUGGAUCUUGCUAUUGGCAACUUUUUUGGAGGGAAUAUAAAAGUAGAAUUCUUAGCAGAAAUUCAUUUUUCAUGUUCUCUUGCCAAAGCUGAAUUCAAAGGAAUUUUUCAUCAUGACACGAUGAAAAAUGUUCCAUUAAUUAUUAUUGCUAAUAAACAAGAUUAUACUGAUGCAUUAACAUCUGAUAUUUUAAUAGAAAAACUUGAUUUAAAUUAA